AUGGGCCUCGCCGCUGCCAAGAACAAGCGCAAACUGGGAACCGACCCCAACAACACGAAAUGGUCCCGUAACGAAACCACUUUCGGCCAAAAAAUCCUUCGCGCCCAAGGUUGGCAGCCCGGCGAGUUUCUGGGCGCCAAAGAUGCUGCGCAUGCCGUACAUCACACGGAAGCCAGCUCGUCACAUAUCAAGGUCACGCUCAAGGACGACAACCUCGGUCUCGGCGCGAAACGAAACAAUGGCGACGAGUGCACCGGCCUCUUUGAUUUUCAACAUCUCCUUGGGCGACUGAACGGCAAGAGCGAGGAUGUUCUGGAAGCCGAGAAGCAGAAGCGCGAAAAUCACAUCCGCAACCACUAUUUGGAACAAAAGAUUGGAACGAUCCGCUUUGUCAGAGGCGGCUGGUUGGUUGGUGACGUGGUCAAGGAAAAGGUGACGGAAGAGGACGGCGUACCACAGAGCGAUACUCUCGACCAACAAGUGGAGACAGUUCCCUCUCAGGACACCAAGGGCGCCGAGCUCACAAAAGGCAAAUCCAAGAAGAGGAAGGCGGGCAGCGACGAGGAAGACGAGAAGGAAGAAAAGAAGGACAAGAAAUUGAAAAAGCGGAAGACCGACACCGAAGCCGAAACAGACAGCGAGUCCUCUAGGUCAAAGAAGAAGGAGAGGAAGGACAAAAAGGAAAAGAAGGACAAGAAGGACAAAAAGAAGCUGAAAGACGCGAAACAGUCUGAAGAGAGCUCUUCAGAUGACGUAGAAUCGUCUGCUACGGAGACCAAGAAGUCGAAAAAGGACAAGAAGAAGGAGAAGAAGGAGAAGAAAGACAAGAAGAAGGAUAAGAAAGAGAAGAAGCGCAAGGAAAAGGGGCUAUCAGACUCUGCCACAGAAAGUGAAGACAGCAAAUCGAAAGCUCAGAAGAGGACGAAAGACGGUGCUGAAACAGAGACGAGCACACCAGGUGGAAGCGGCACUUCCACGCCUACUGUUACAUCUUCAACCCGAUUCUUGGCUAGGCAAAGGUUCAUUGCGCAGAAAAAGAUGGCUUUUACGGACAGCGCUGCUCUCAACCAGAUUUUCAUGAUUAAGUCAUAG